AUGUCCUCACAGCAUGCUUCAAUAGCCAACGAGAAUAAUUACGAAGAGAUAGGAAACACGCGUGAAGAAAUAACAAAGACACUUGAGUUGAAUAGAGCUUAUCAGGCGGAGUUAAGCAAGUGCAUUCAGAACAUUGAAGCCGCACUGAACCAUAACCGAACGAUACAGGAACGCUUGGAUAUAAUCAAACAGACUCAAGAGAGAUCGGAUAAAGAAAGGGCUGAAGCAAGAUCUGAUAGCACGAGAUGCUGGGGUCCACCCUUCUUUGUGAAUGAACAUGGACAGGGGCCGCCUGAACUCGAAGACAGUAACUGUAACACUGUUCGUCCGCCAGUUUUACAUAAAUACCAACGAUGGAAUAGCAAUGAGCGAGCUGCAUUAACAAAGGGAAUUAAAUUUAUCAAUAUGAAAAAAGAAGCAUCCAAGAUUCUUGCUCAGGGCGGCAAGAUGAAAGACUUACAAAGGCUGUCCAAUGCAUAUUUGCUAGAAAACGUCCGUGGAGUUGAUUGGCGUUUCAUUGCUAAGCAUUUUGUACAAACGAAGACCGCUUCGGAAUGUCUGAUGCAAUGGACCAAUCAUGACCAUCCACGGAUAAACAAAAGUUCUUGGACAAAACCAGAAAUAGCAAAAUUACGCGCUAUUGCCCAGAGGCACAAGUUUCGUAAUUGGCAGGCAAUUGCACUCGAAGUGGCGACUAACAGAACGGCUGCAGAAUGCUUUAAAACUUAUGUUAGACAAAACAGCGAACCAAGAAAAUGGACGAAAGAAGAAGAUGAGAUAUUAAUACAAGCUGUCGACUUAUACGGAGAGAAAAACUGGCAGCAAGUUGCUUCCUGUCUUGAAGACAGAAGUGGUCAACAGUGUCUACACAGAUGGACGAAAACGCUAAAUCCAGCAAUAAAACGUGGCCGGUGGACGCGUGCUGAGGAUGAGGCAUUGAAAGAUGCCGUUAAGCUGUACGGUGCAGGCAAUUGGGUUAAGAUACAGUCUUACGUACUCGGUCGAACUGAUGUAAAGUGUCGAGAACGAUGGGUUAACGUUCUCGAUCCGGCCGUUAAAAAGGAUCCUUGGACAGCAGAGGAAGACAAACUAUUACUCUCACUGGUCCGAAAGCAUAAUCCUGGUAAUUGGUCAAAAAUUUCUGCGGAAAUGGAUCGACGUACUGAUAAUCAGUGUUGGAGAAGAUAUAAAUGUCUCUUGAAAAAGACGAAGCAGGGAGAAAUUAUUUCCUUAACCUCAGAGUCUGAGGACGAAAAUCGAAACACAAGCCCAGAUAUUAAUGCGAAUAACAGUCCUAAUGAGGAUACAACGACUACAGCUAAGGACGUAGUGAUACCAAAUAUCGCAAGUCGAUAUCCAAAAAUAGCUCCCGCUCCUAUCCCGAGGACUGCAGAAUAUAAAAUACCAGUUACGUCUAUAGAAAAAAAAUAG